UAAUAAUGAAAUCAACUGACAUUACAAAAAUGAAAUUGACACAUACACAUAUAGUUACAUCAAUCACUUUCAUUUGGCUCGUACUUGUGCUUCGUUAACAAAAUUUGAACUUGUUUUUCAUUUGUUUGAUACCUCUAUGUAGAAAAUACACAAAUUUUUUGUUGAUUACAUGAUCAAGGAUACUUUGGGUGCUAUCUCCACCGCACAUCUGGUUCAUGCUGAUUGUGAAUCAAAUAAGGCCAAGAGUAGAAAAUGUCUGGAGUUGGCUGAGCUUCAUUCAAUGGCAGUUGAUUUUGCAAAGACCGGAGCUCUUGCUGAAAUGCCUAGAGUUUUGAAACCAAAAGAGUUUCCAGAUUUCAUGGAGAGAUUUGAAAAGCCUAUGGAACUUUUUGUCGAAGAAGCAUAUGAUCAUCAACUUGAAGCUAAUGGUUUUAAGGCCUUUCUUGAGACUGCCUCAACUCACAAAGAAAUGUAUGCGGAGACGAUAUGGAGAUAUGAAGGAUCAAAUUAUGAUCUCUAAAGGAUCUUCAACUUGAAGUUAAAGAAUGGUUUGAAAGUGAUUGUCAGCCACAUGAACAUCAACUUAUGGCAUCUGCAUGGUAUCAUGUGAUUCAUCACCCCAAAUAUUACCACAAAAGCUCCAAUUUUGUAAGCUUUCCAUGGAUUGUUGGUGAUAUUUUAUUGUAUGUCAAGCAUGCAAAUACCUCCACUGUCCUACGGUGACUGUCACAUUUGCAAAAAUAAAUGAAAAAGAUAUUACUUUAAAAUGAUUGUCACUUUUAGCUACAAUGUAAUUUUUAUUUUAUUUUUCAAUUGUACCUUUUAAUUAGUACUAUAUGUGUCACUUCUAAGUUAUUAGUUAUUACAUUUGCACUCAUAAUAAUGAGAAUACACUGGUGGUUA